AUGCUCCUUAAAGGAUCUAAGAGCAACAAUAAAGACCCAAAAUUACUGUCCCACAGCAACUUUAAAAGUUCGGCAGUGCUAGUUUCAGUAGGCCAGGCAGCGCCAACACCUACCGGCUGCAAGGACACCGUGGUGAGGGAGCGCCCUGGAGCCCGAAGGGGUCGCGCCUCCACUAUCCCUCCGGCAAGCCAAGGUCUGCGAAAGCCCCCAGACCAGGCACGGGUCCGAGCGUCCGCCAGGCUGGGCCCUCGAGGGCCCUCCCGCGCGGGCUCAGCUCCCACUCACAUCCCUCGGAGGCGAAGACCAGGCCUGUCCCCGCGCUGCCGCAGCAGUCCGCCCCGACAAGCGCCGCAGGACGCGGCCCAGGGGCGCGAGGGACCGGCGCGCGGCGCGAACUCCCGAGACCGCCGGCGCCCGCCCAGCCUGUCAGGGCUGCCGAGGCCGUUAGCGGCGGCCGCUGCUACCCGCUUCUGCUCCUCUUCCUCUCGGCUUCCUGCAGCCCACACCACUCCCACUUCGGGCGGCCGGGAAGCCCGUCACCGCCGUUGUCUCCACCCUCUCCGGGGCCACACGGUCUCCUCAAUGCCACAGACGACACUGGCUCGAAAGCCCAGCCAGCCAGCGUCAGACCCGCCUCGGCGUCGGCCUCCGGUCGAAGCGCCGCGGAGCAGGGCGGGGCGGGAGAUGACGCACCCCCGACUGCGCGUGCGCCGGCCUCUGGCCCCGAGGGUACCCCUCGGCGCGGCCUCCCGGCAAGUGGCGACACGCGUGGAGAUUCCCGGGGCAGCCCCGGGCGUGAGCGAGCGAGGGAGCCGAGGUGGCAGCGGCUCGCUGAGCACUAGGGCCCGGCAGGGGCUCGGUGUCCGGGCUGGUUUUGGCACUCCCCAGAUGGGCGUGUGGGGCCGCCCGCCGUGGAGGCGGCUGGGAAUGAGUCAGCCGGGCCGGGAAGGCCAAGCUGUGCGCAAGCUGGCUCAGGAGGAGACCGAUGUGCCUCCGCAUAGACUUUCCCUUCCCGUUCGUGCUAUCCCCUCUCUGCUUUCGCUUCCACUUUCCGGGUACUGCAGACCUGCCCUUCCCUAGCCCGGGGCAGUAGGCUGAGGCGAAGUGGGACUGUGGAGUGGGAUAACAGGCACACAUGCGCAAUCUCGAGAGCCUGAGACCAGCCAGCCACCUUUGCUGAAAGGGGGAAGGUGGAAUGAGGCACCCAGCAAAGGAAGCGAAACGGCUUGCAGUGUCCCAAAGAGCCUCACUCAUUCAUUCAUAUAUUUACUGAUCACCUACUAGUUACCAGGCUAUAAUCUUGCAAGGAUACCAGGGAAUGACAACGUGCAUUCUCCUUUCCCUCCUGGAGCUUGUAUUCUCAAAGAAGGGAUAAAUAUGCUUUAAAAUAAAUAAUAUGCUGAAUAUGUGACUGCCACCCAGAAAAAUAAUGCAAAGUGAAGGAGUAGAAGGUGAGGGGAGGUGUUAUUUCGAGUUGGCCAAGAACGACUUCCUAGAGUGACAUUUCAGCAGGGAUCUGAAGGAUUCGAGUGAGUCAGUCCUGUGACCAUCAGGGAAGAGUCACGGAUAAAGGGACUAACACGAAGUCCUCAGAAAAGUAAAUGUGUUUGGCAAGUUCAAGGGCGAGGAAAGAAGUCACUGUGGCUGGAGGACAGUAAAAGAGGAGGCAGUGGUAAGAAGUGAACACAAAGAAGUUCCCUGGGACCAGACUCAGUUUUAUCAACCUGAAUUGAGGUUGCCUUGCAGACCACAUAUUAGAAGAUGAAGACAACACUCCCGCCACUAGGCUACCAUCUGGCAGUGACAAGAGUCAGACAGACACGAAGUUUGGAUGUGGUAAGAUGUUCCCAACGUAUGAUUGAGUGAAGCAGAGGAUACAGAGCAGCGUAUAUGAUGUGAUCCCACUUUUUAAAACAAAGAAAGAAGAAAAUAAGGAAGGAAAGAAAUUUGGUAUA